ACAACUUCACGAAAAUGAAAGCAGCAUAAGGUCCGUACGUGACAAGGAAACUGGUGUUGGUGACGUGCGUACGUACUCAACACACUCUGGAGGACAGAAGUUUCCUGCAAAAGUCGGUGGUUUACAUGAUGGAAGGUGAUUCACCUUCAAUAACACGUAGCGAUGAAUAUCGACUGCUUGAAACAUACUGCCAGAAGAGAAAGCCACAGCAACGGGUCUGUAUGCUCAGCCUGGGGGCACAAACAGGUGGCGAGAAAUAUGAAAAUGUGGCUGAAAAACUGACCCGGAUUGUAGACAGUGGACUUCUUGUUGACGAUGGGAUAGAGCCAGAUUCUGUAAACACAGAUGUUAUAGAGCAGCUUGUCGACUUACUGAAGAAAUCAGGGGAUGACUUAAAUGAGAAGAUUGAGAAGAACCAUGAGCUUUUGGGAAACCUGCAGUGUACUUUCUCUUAUGACUUUUUUGAAAAAUUGAUCUCAGCCUUCAUCAAAAGUGUGGUACCAGAAUUUCCUCAGAGCAGAAACAAACAUGAGCAGAUCGCCCUGACCUUUGAGGUGACCAGCAGACUCAGAGCCUUGGACCUUCAGCCCAUGAACAAGGUCAUGGGAUUCGGAGCUCAGUACCUGCAAAAGAACUUCACUCCCUGGGUUAAACAGCACGGUGGUUGGGAGAAAGCCUUUGAUGACGACGAUGAGGUCCAUUGACAAGAUUGACUGGUUAUUAGAAUUAUGAUAAAAUAUGAAUGAUUUUUAUUUUUUUUAAUUUUUAUAUUUAAAUGUGUAUAUUCUCAGGAUUGACUAUGUACCUGCUGACUAUGUACUUGCAAAUUAGUUUACAUUUAUUGUAAAAUAACAUUGUGUUAGUGAAUUAAAUGUGUCCUUAACACAUUGCUGCACACUUUUAAAAUGCAAACCAAAAUAUAAUGCUAAAAUAUAAUGCUUUAUUGAUUGAGAAGUUUGCUUUGUUGGGCAACAAAUAAAGCAAGCACCACAAACAUACAAAUACAGUAUGGCAUUGGAAUCAGAA